AUGGACAAAGUGGAGCGGGUGAUGAAGAUGGUGAAGAGGAUGUCGCCGAGGAAGAAGAGGAGAGAGGGGGGAGGAGGAGGAGGUCGAGGGGGAGGAGCGGGGGAGCUGGAGAGCCCCGACACCCUGUGUGACGAGCUCUGCCGAUUCAGCCUCUGCAUCGGCGAUGACGGACCAUAUGGAAAAACAAAGGAUAUCUCUGGACCAGAACAAAACAUGGCCUCGAGAAGACACAGUAUACCAGAAGCUCUGCGGGGGGUGACCAUGGUGGAGCUGGUGAAGAAAGAAGGCAGCACACUGGGCCUCACCAUCUCGGGAGGAACCGACAAGGACGGGAAACCGCGGGUAUCGAACCUGCGGCCCGGAGGACUGGCUGCCAGGAGUGACCAGCUCAAUGUCGGCGACUACAUCAAGUCGGUGAACGGCAUCAAUCUGACCAAACUGCGUCACGAAGAGAUCAUCAGCUUACUGAAGAACGUAGGAGAGAGAGUUCUGCUGGAGGUGGAGUAUGAACUGCCCCCAACAGCACCAGACAGCACCUCAGGGGUUAUAUCAAAGACAAUCGACAUCUGUUUGCACAAAGAGGGGAACAGCUUUGGUUUCGUCAUGAGAGGCGGCACCCACGAGGACUGGCACAAGGCACGCCCCCUAGUGGUCACCUACGUCAGGCCAGGAGGUCCUGCAGACAGAGAGGGAACACUGCGUCCCGGUGAUCGUCUCCUCAGCGUGGACGGCGUGCCGCUGCACAACGCCAACCACAGCGACGCCCUCAGCGUGUUGGCUCAGUGCGGCCAGGAAGCCCUGUUCCAGAUAGAAUAUGACAUCACUAUCAUGGACACGGUGACGAACGCCUCCGGUCCGCUGUUAGUGGAAAUCGCCAAGUCGCCAGGGGCAACGCUGGGGAUCACGCUGACGUCGGCCAACCACAGAAACAAGCAGGUUAUCGUCAUCGACCGGGUUAAACCUGGCAGCGUGGUGGACAGAUGUGGAGCAUUGCAUGCUGGGGAUCACCUGCUGUCCAUAGACGGGACGUCGACAGAACACUGCACAGUCCUGGAGGCAACGCAGCUGUUAGCGAGCACAACAGAACUGGUGAAACUAGAAAUGCUCCCCUCGCAUCAAACAAGGCUAGCUGGGAAACAGCACGACACAGUGAAGGUUCAGAAGUCGGACCACCCGCACUCCUGGGACCCCUGUGUGAACUACUGUCACCCUUCAAACUCCACCCUCUGCAACACGAGCUCCACCCUCAACAAGUCGUGGACCGCCUCCAACAACAACACCAUCAACAGCCUCGACUACUGCAAGACUCUGGUAUCUGCCAAUUUCUCUCCCGGCUCCACCACCACAUCGGGACCCAGUAGCCAGAGCUCCAGCACCCUGCCCAGGACUACGGUACCCAUGAGUCCACGUAACUCGCUGCUCAAACGACGGCAGAGAAAGAAAGAGCACAAAAGCUCCUUGUCCCUGGCGUCCAGUUCGGUGGGCCCGGGUGGUCAGGUGGUUCAUGUAGAGACCAGCGAGGUGGUCCUGACAGGCGACCCCCUCAACGGCUUCGGUGUCCAGCUGCAGGGAGGAAUAUUCGCCACGGAAACGCUGUCUGCACCCCCACUCAUCCGGUUCAUAGAGCCCGACAGCUCUGCAGAGAGGUGUGGCCUGCUGCAGGUUGGAGACCGCCUCCUGUCAAUCAACGGCAUCCCCACAGAAGAUGGAACCCUGGAGGAGGCCAAUCAGCUGCUCCGGGACGCGGCGCUGACCAAUAAGGUCUCGCUGGAGAUCGAGUUCGACGUGGCAGAGUCAGUGGUGCCCAGCAGUGGUACGUUCCACGUCAAACUGCCGAAGAAAAGAGGAGUGGAGCUGGGGCUCACCAUCAGUGCCAGUAAGAAGCAAGGAGAGCCCCUCAUCAUCUCUGACAUCAAGAAGGGCAGCAUGGCCCACAGAACAGGAACUCUGGAACCCGGCGACAAGCUGCUGGCCAUCGACAACAUCCGGCUGGAGAACUGCUCCAAAGACGACGCGGAGCAGAUCCUGCAGCAGUGCGAGGAGCUGGUCAAGCUAAAGAUCCGCAAAGAUGAAGACAACUCAGAUGAGCAGGAGACGUCGGGCAGCAUCAUCUACACGGUGGAGCUGAAGCGGUACGGAGGCCCUCUGGGCAUCACCAUCUCAGGCACCGAGGAGCCCUUUGACCCCAUCACCAUAUCCGGCUUAACCAAGAGAGGCCUGGCUGAGAGGACAGGGGCUAUUCAUGUAGGUGAUCGGAUCCUGGCUAUCAACAGCGUCAGUUUAAAAGGAAAGCCCCUGAGUGAAGCCAUCCACCUGCUGCAGAUGGCCGGAGAGACGGUCACCCUCAAGAUCAAAAAACAGCUUGACACUCAUUCUCUCCAAGAUGUAGAGGAGAGGAAAGCAGCAGAGGCGGAGGACACAACAGAGAAUGAGCUCAGUGACACAGAGGAGGAUGAUCUGACGGACAGCCAACAGACCAAUAAGCUGUCAGAGCUUUACUCCACAACCAUACCCAGCGUCGACUCGGCCAUGGAGUCUUGGGACGGCUCAGGGUUGGACGCCGGCUAUGGCAGCCAGGGUACAUACAACCACCAGGCAGCUGGUAUCGCCCUCCACCCCCAUGAGUGGCGUAGUGCCAAGCAGCAGCGCAGCACCACGCCUCCUCCUGGACGCCGGAAGAACUACCCUUUCAGUGACGGAGGCUUCAGUGAGGAUGACUGGGACAAACCUCCAGGAUUUAUUGGCCAACCACCAGACGGUAUUCUGUUGGAUCCAGAUGACAGCUUCUGGUGUCAGGCGCUUGAGGACCUGGAGACCUGCGGCCAAUCAGAACUACUCAGAGAGAUAGAGGCAUCCAUCAUGACAGGAACAGCCAUCAGUCUGGGUGUAGAAGGAGUCAACAAGCCUCAAGCUGAGCCCAUGAUGAGCCACAGCAGGAUGAGCCCGUUGCGGAGAAAUUCUCUUCUGCACCAGGGAAACCUGCUCCACCAGGGCGCACACCUCCACCAGGGCUCCCACCUGCACGAGGAGGCCCACUUGCAUGAAGAGGCCCAACUCCACCAAGAACUCCACCUGCUCCAGGAGGCCCAUUUCAACCACGAGGCCCACCUGCAUCACGAGGUCCACAUGCACCAGGGGGCCCACAACCACCAAGAUAACCAAUCUCCUCUCCUGCACCACGAGUCCAAGUCAAAGGCCUCGUUGCGAGUGUCAGAGAGGACGUGGGAGUCUCGUCGGAUCAAAGAGGAGAUGCAGGGGAUUCUGUCCCCAACGCCUUUGGAGCUGCACAAAGUGACCGUGGUGAAGGACCCAGAGAACGACGACUUUGGCUUCAGCGUGUCAGACGGCUUCUUGGAGAAAGGAGUUUACGUCAACAUGAUCCGACCUGACGGGCCCGCCGACCGAGCCGGGCUCAAACCCUACGACAGGAUCCUUCAGGUGAACCACGUGAGGACGAGGGACUUUGACUGCUGCUUGGCGGUGCCUCUGAUCACAGAGGCCGGGGACAGACUGGAGCUGGUCAUCAGUCGCAACCCACUGGCCAACGACGACGACGACGACGAUGACGACGACACAGAGGACAAUAACAACACUUUAGACCAUCCGCUAGACCUGUAA